ACGACACCUUGACCGUCAUUUUACGACAGGCCGGGGUUGCUUUGUGGCUGUCACCUUUCCCCCGAGGUCAGGGUUGGUAGCUACGUCGCGUGUGGUGUGGUGGUUCCUACGACGGCCCGCGGAGAAAUGAGGCAGAAGCGGAAAGGAGAUCUCAGCCCUGCUGAGCUAAUGAUGCUGACCAUAGGAGAUGUUAUUAAACAACUAAUUGAAGCCCACGAACAGGGGAAGGACAUCGAUCUGAAUAAGGUGAAAACCAGGACAGCUGCCAAAUAUGGCCUCUCAGCACAGCCCCGCCUAGUGGAUAUCAUCGCUGCAGUCCCACCUCAGUAUCGAAAGGUCUUAGUCCCCAAGUUAAAGGCAAAACCCAUCAGAACUGCCAGUGGGAUUGCUGUCGUGGCUGUGAUGUGCAAACCCCACAGAUGCCCACAUAUCAGUUUUACAGGAAAUAUAUGUGUAUACUGCCCCGGUGGACCUGAUUCAGAUUUUGAAUAUUCAACCCAGUCUUAUACUGGAUAUGAGCCGACCUCCAUGAGAGCUAUCCGUGCUAGAUAUGACCCUUAUCUACAGACAAGACACCGAAUAGAACAGUUAAAACAACUUGGUCACAGUGUGGAUAAAGUGGAGUUUAUUGUGAUGGGUGGAACAUUUAUGGCUCUUCCAGAAGAAUACAGAGAUUAUUUUAUUCGAAAUUUACAUGAUGCCUUAUCAGGACAUACCUCCAACAAUAUUUACGAGGCAGUCAAGUAUUCUGAGAGAAGCCUCACAAAGUGUAUCGGAAUUACUAUCGAGACCAGACCAGAUUAUUGUAUGAAGCGGCAUUUAAGUGACAUGUUGACCUAUGGCUGCACAAGGCUGGAGAUAGGGGUACAGAGUGUCUACGAAGAUGUGGCCAGAGACACCAAUAGGGGCCACACUGUGAAGGCAGUAUGUGAGUCAUUCCAUUUGGCCAAGGAUUCUGGUUUCAAAGUCGUGGCUCAUAUGAUGCCUGAUCUGCCAAAUGUGGGACUAGAGAGAGACAUUGAACAGUUUACAGUAAGUUUUUUUGAGAACCCUGCUUUUCGUCCUGAUGGUUUGAAACUCUACCCUACCCUGGUGAUUCGUGGAACUGGGCUUUAUGAGCUGUGGAAAUCAGGAAGAUAUAAGAGUUAUUCUCCUAGUGACCUGAUUGAAUUGGUGGCUCGGAUCCUUGCUCUUGUGCCUCCGUGGACACGAGUGUACCGAGUGCAGAGAGAUAUUCCAAUGCCCUUAGUCAGCUCAGGAGUAGAGCAUGGUAAUUUGAGAGAGCUGGCAUUUGCAAGAAUGAAAGAUCUUGGAAUACAGUGUCGAGAUGUGAGAACUAGAGAGGUUGGAAUCCAAGAAAUUCAUCACAAAGUACGGCCAUACCAGGUUGAAUUGGUAAGGAGAGAUUAUGUUGCAAAUGGUGGCUGGGAAACAUUCUUAUCAUAUGAAGACCCAGAUCAAGACAUUUUGAUUGGCCUCCUGCGAUUACGAAAGUGUUCAGAGGAAACCUUCCGUUUUGAAUUGGUUGGAGGUGUUUCCAUAGUUCGAGAGCUGCAUGUGUAUGGAAGUGUAGUCCCUGUGAGCAGUCGAGAUCCUACUAAAUUUCAGCAUCAGGGAUUUGGCAUGCUGCUGAUGGAGGAGGCAGAAAGAAUAGCUAGAGAAGAACACGGGUCUGGGAGAAUAGCUGUCAUAUCAGGGGUCGGUACCAGGAAUUAUUACAGAAAGAUUGGCUACAGAUUACAAGGGCCGUACAUGGUAAAGACGCUAAAAUAACGGCCAUACCAGCCUACCUUGAUGCAGUAUCUUCCUUGAAAGAAAAAAAAAUUCAAGAUAUUUUGAAUACUCAGCAGAGAGGCUGAGCUAAACAAUUGGACCUACCCUGCCUCCCUGGCAAGGAGCUUCACCUUCAUCCUGCAGCUGUGGAGACUAGGAACUGCUUUCAGGGCCAGGCCAGUCAUCUGCUGCCCAGCCCACUGAGCUUCUGGUGCUCAGAGCUCCCACACGCCCUCCCCUGCGUGUUCUCAAGUCACAUGUUCAGUUUCUAAAGUCUGCAUGGAGCCUGCAGUUGACCUACUUUGACUCAACACACAGUGACGAAAGCAAAUUAACUCAUUUGGGCACCAUAAUUCAUGAGAUAAAACUAGCUGUUGUCAUUUGGGGAAUAAACUUAGGAGUAGGUUAUUUAUAUACUGUAAGGACAAAAAGAUUGGAACAUAUGAAAACUGUUAAACUUUGAUCUCUGGCCUUUUACUUUAUAUACAUUCCAGCACAAGAAAAUGAGCUUUUAUUUUAAUGGAAAUUGUUCUGAUUCCUGUGCUGAUGUUUGAAAUAACAGCCUGAUGGGGAGAGAAGAACCGAAGCUGUCAGUUGAAACCAGCCCUUCUCACUUGGGAGUCUACCAUCUACAAUAGCCCACUACAAACAUCUUUAUUUUACAUUUUUUAUUGUCUAUACUCCCCACAUUCUUGACACCUGCCAAACAGUGAGGGCAGCACUUCUACCCAGAGAAGAGUCUGGCUUCCCCUGUUGUCUGUCCCGAGCAGGCCGAGUGUGACCCUAAGUCAAAAUGUGCUUCCACAAAAGUGGUUUCCUGCAUUAUAAUUCUCUAAGGUAGAUUUUGGUUUGUUUUAAAAGAAGAAAGGUAAGAGUUCAACUCCUUUGAAAGCAAAAAAGUGGGAAACAAGCCCAAAUCUAAAACUAGGAAAAAGAUUGGCUUUUUCAAAGGUUCAUAUUAUAUAACUGCCUCUUUGUAACUUCCAGCCAAUCUGCAAAGGAGACUCUGCCUGGAGAGAGCCAGUUCUUAAGAGCAUAGCUUAACCCUGUGCCCCCUUGGCUUCUGUGCCAUUUGACAAAGGUUUAGUAAAUGGAAUGGAUUCUCCUAAAAGGCUCAAAAAAUAAAACCUUCAACGUACAGAGAA